AGAGCCGGAAGCGGGAGGGGAGAGUGAAACAGGAAAAGACGGGAAGAAGGAAGAAGAGGGAAGAGGAGGAGAGGGAGGAGGAGGAGGGUGGCGGCGGCGCCGUGGCGGAGGAGCAGGAGCAGGAGGGGGAUGGAGAGGAGAAGGCUCCUGGGUGGUAUGGCGCUCCUGCUCCUCCAGGCGCUGCCCAGCCCCCUGUCAGCCGGGGCUGAGCCCCCGCAGGAUAAGGAAACCUGUGUGGGUACCAACAAUCAAAGCUACACCUGUGACACGGGGCACUGCUGUGGACAGUCUCAGUGCUGCAGCUACUACUAUGAACUCUGGUGGUUCUGGCUGGUGUGCACCAUCAUCAUCAUCCUGAGCUGCUGCUGCGUCUGCCACCACCGCCGAGCCAAGCACCGCCUUCAGGCCCAGCAGCGGCAACAUGAAAUCAACCUGAUCGCCUACCGGGAAGCCCACAAUUACUCAGCGCUGCCAUUUUAUUUCAGGUUUUUGCCAAACUAUUUACUACCUCCUUAUGAGGAAGUGGUGAACCGACCUCCAACUCCUCCCCCACCAUACAGUGCCUUCCAGCUACAGCAGCAACAGCUGCCUCCACAGUGUGGCCCUGCAGGCGGCAGCCCCCCGGGCGCCGAUCCCACCAGGGGCCCCCAGGGGGCGCACAGCAGCCCCUUGUCCGGGCCCAGCAGAAGCAGCACGAGACCCCCCAGCAUCGCCGACCCUGAGCCCUCCGACGUGCCAGCCGACCGAGCAGCCACCAAAGUACCUGGAAUGGAGCCCAGUGGCUCCGUGGCCGGCCUGGGGGAGCAGGACCCAGGGUCCUUCCUGGACAAGGAUUCAGAAUGUAAGGAGGAGCUGCUGAGAGAGUACGGCUCCGAACAGAGCAGCGCAGUCCCCGACAGCAAAGACAAAAUGCCCGGCAGGCACCGCCGCUUCACGGGCGACUCGGGCAUUGAGGUUUGUGUGUGCAACCGGGGCCAUGAUGACGACCUCAAAGAGUUCAGCACACUCAUUGGCGACGCCCUGGAUGGGCCCCUGGACUUCUGUGACAGCUGCCACGUGCGGCCCGCUGGCGACGAGGAGGAAGGGUUCUACCGAGCCUCUGAGGAGCAGGCCCGAGAGCCCGGGCAACCCCAUCUGCCACGGCCGCCCCCCUGCCUGCUGCUGAACACCAUCAAUGAGCAGGACUCCCCAAACUCCCAGAGCAGCAGCACCCCCAGCUAGAGCAGGCCCUUCUUGCACCCGAGAACUUGGCAAAGCAACCAGGGUAGGGGAGAACCAUGAGAGAAGCAUUAACGACUUUCGGAGAAAGUGGUACAGCCACUUUGUUCUUUUUUUUUUUUUUUUUUUUUGUGCCCCUCCUGCAUUUUCCUGCAUCUCCAGGUACAGUGUGGAUGCC